AUGCUCCAGAGUCGCCUCAAGUCGGGGGCCCAGGAGGUGGCGCCCAAGGGUUUUCCCGGGAAUGGAAAUUUCCGCAUGAGGAGAUACCCGCUGCAGCCCUGGCUGACCCAACCCGAGCUCCGAGUCGCCUCUCCACAGGCUGGCGUGGGGGGCUCAAGGGGCCCGAGUAGCCCUGGGGUUGUUGCCCCGUGGUGGCAGAUCCCCAGGCACGGGCUCCUGGAUAUACUGGUGCGCCAGGCCACAGAGCCUGGGGUGGAUAUCAGGGCACCGCGCUUGCCUGCCCUGCCCACGGUGGUCCAGCGGAUGGCGCAGAAUCCGGCAGCGCUGAGCUCCCGGUUGCUGCCACCCCUGUUCUCCGCCGUACCAUCAACAUUCCGGCGUCCAGCGCCUGUACAUAGGGAGGACCACCGGAGGGGCUUGGCCAGGGAGGCUCCGAAUGCCUUGGGUGCCCUGCUACGAGAGUUCCUCCCCAGCAGGUUCCGUGAGUUCCUGUGCCACCUCCUGUCGGCGAGUGACGAACAGCAGUGGAAGGAACAGACAUCCUCAGAAUUGCAACACCAAGUGGGUUUAUCAGAGCACAGUCCAGGUUCUCCUCAGUGUUCUAACUUCUCAUUCCUCCCAGACCUAGGGGGCCAACCACCAUUCUUCCGGAAGCUGCCUUUGUCCACAGAAAGUCUUAAGAUUUUGCUCCAUCAGAUAACUGACCUGGGGUCCUUGAAGAAAGAUUGCUCACAUUUCUCUAUGGUCAGGAAGACCAACCACAGGCCCCACAGUGCUCAGACCUCCAGGCUCAAGGCUGUGCUCACUCAUAGCACCUCAGGGGAAGGAUCUGGGCUCCGCAAGAGAUGCUGCCCUUUCCGAGUGCGAUUCGCUGACGAGACCCUUCGGGACACAGCACUCCGCUACUGGGAGCGAAGCUGUGCAAUCCGGCAGAGCGUCCUUGACAGCGGGCCAGCCCCUCAGCCUGUGGUGUCGGAGCAGAUGUUCCACAGUGUCGGGAGAUGGCUGGAGAGUUUGCCCAAAGCCAUGUGCCCUGGGGCCAGGCAGGAGAAAGCCACCACCACCAGCUCUUCCUGGAGCUGGGACUGCCCUAGCCUGCCCACCCUGGAGCCACAGGGCCAUCUCCCUGAGAAGGCCUCCAAGAACAGCAGCCUGCCCCGCAUUCCCAGGGUGACCAUUCAGAGGCAGCUGGGGGACCUCACAACCCACCUGGAUGUCCACAGCAUCCUGAAGCAGGUGGGCAAACUGCCCCGUACCUGGAACCAGAAAUUGGAGUCCUUCCUGCCCAGUUUGGUGCUGCAGUGCAUGCUGAAGCGAGGCCGCCCUAAAGGUUACCAGCUCCUUCUGCCCUCGGAAACACUGCCUCGCGUUCAGAGAGCCGCUGAGGACUCGCGUCCUGCCGCCAGCUACAACGCUGCGCGGUAUCCACGAGAGGGCAGUGUUGGCCUGACUUUGGCACCGCCCGACGCGGCCGAAACUUCUCAGCCUCUAGCUAAAAGGUUGGAAACUUUUCUCCCUUAG